UCCAGAUCGUGUUGUUCAUCUUGUCUGCAGCUUUGAGUUUUGUGAUCAGUGCUGAAGGUUUGAUCGAAGUGUUUGGAUAUGAGGGAAGAGGUGUAAAUGUUUCAUGCCACUAUGACCAGGGAUAUGAGAAUAGCAAAAAAUACUUUUGUAUGAAUGACUGUGGCUCCAGUGACAUUCUCAUUACAACAAAACAGAAGAAUAAAGGCAAAUAUUCCAUCACUGAUGAUAAAAAUAACAGAAUCGUCACAGUGACCAUCUCUGAUCUUCAAUCACAUGAUGCUGGGAAAUACUGGUGUGGAGUCACUAGGUGGGGAAAAGAUACCUACAGUGAAGUAAAACUGUACAUAAAAGAAGACAGAUGCUGCUACAAAGUGAAUAAAAUCCAAAGUAUUGAGGAAGGUUCAGUGACCAUCAGCUGUCCGUACGACUCUCAGUCUAUCAACAAGCUGAAGUUCCUCUGCAGAGGAAACCGGCCCUCCACAUGUCGACAGCAGGCAGUGAUCACCUCUAGCAACACACAAAAUGGACGAUUCAGACUCUCUGAUGACAGGAAGUCAAGAAUAUUCACAGUGACCAUUUCCAGUCUGACCCUGAAGGAUUCUGGGUCGUAUCUUUGUGGAGUCCAGAGAAACUCAGGAUUUGAUGUUUUCUCUGCUGUUGAACUGAAGGUCAAAGCAGAAUUGUUCUGUCUGAAGUCGUACAACAUCAGUGGCAUCGAGGGACGUCCAGUAACUCUGCAGUGUCCUAAUUCAGGACAACAACAUGAUAACAAGAAGUUCCUCUGUAAAGGAGACCAACACAACAACUGUACAGACAUGAUGGAGAACCAAACAAAGUUCAAGCUGCUCAAUGUCUCCUCCACCUGUUUCUCUGUGAUCAUCACUGAACUGGAAGCAGCUGAUGCAGGAACAUACUACUGUGGUUCAGACUCUCAGCUGAGAUUCACAAAGAUACAACUGGCAGUCGUCUCUUCAAAUCAAACCAGCUCUGUGGCUCCAACCAGCUCUGCUGAACAGGUUACAUCACAGCCACCAUCGCUGUCCCCAUCAUCACAUAAACCUGAUGUUUCUUUAUUCUACAUUCUGCCUGCGGUCUUCGCUCUGCUUCUGAUCCUGACAUUUGUCCUUUUGCUGGUUUUAAAAUACAAAACAAGGAUCAAGCAAGUGGACAGAAUCAAUGCAAACGUGUUGUACUCUGCUGAUAAUAAAGUGGAGAUGAGAAUCAAUGAUAUCUAUGAGUUACAAGAAGAUGCUGUUUACAUGAACUCUUCCACUCCAAACAUGUUAAGUCAUGACAAUGAUAUCUACAACAACGUCCUUUAAAGGAGACCUGCAGAAAUUAGGAAACACGUGACCAGAGUUUCUGCCAUCUUCUGUAACAGCUCAAUAAAGCAACCAAAUGCUGGUGUGUUUUCAUUUAGACAUGUUUUUAAUAUUUAUUAAAUAACGUUAUCUGAACGUGAGCUAUUCAAUAUUCACAA